CAGGCCAGCUCGACCGCGUCCCCGAGCCAUGGUCCCUACCAGCCGCGGCUCAGCCUGGGUCCCUCUGCUCCAGUCCCGAGUGCCCAAAGCAGGCUUUGGUUUCAUGUCAGCAGCCUUCAACUGCCUUCCAAAAAUAAGCCCCUGCCGCCAUGCCGAGCAGAGAAAAACAAGAAGGGCGGUAUUUUUAGGGCCAUUAAUUCUGACCACGUGCCUGAGAGGCAAGGUGGAUGGCCCUGGGACAGAGGCCGCUCAUCACUAUGUCCCGGGGAGCAGGGUGUCUGUGGGGCACACUGCGGGCCCUCGUCCUCCUCGGCGUCCUAGUGGGUAUGGUGGAGCCCUCCCCCGUGGGCAUCCGCGCCAACAGCACGCGGCUGGGCUCGAGGGGCUGGGGCGCCCUGCUGUCCAGGUCUCGCGCAGGGCUGGCCGGGGAGACCGCUGGUGUCCCCUGGGAGAGCGGCUAUCUGGUGGGGCUCAAGCGGCAGAGGAGGCUCUACUGCAACGUGGGCAUCGGCUUCCACCUCCAGGUGCCGCCCGACGGCCGGAUCAGCGGGACCCACGAGGAGAGCCCCUACAGCCUGCUGGAGAUCUCCACGGUGGAGCGGGGCGUGGUGAGUCUCUUUGGGGUGAAAAGUGCCCUCUUCGUUGCCAUGAACAGUAAAGGAAGGCUGUACACGACGCCCAGCUUCCAGGAGGAAUGCAAGUUCAGAGAAACCCUCCUGCCCAACAAUUACAACGCCUACGAGUCAGCCCUGUACCGAGGCGCGUACAUCGCACUGAGCAAAUACGGACGGGUGAAGCGGGGCAGCAAGGUGUCCCCGGUCAUGACUGUCACUCACUUCCUUCCCAGGAUAUAAGGGCCCUGAAGGGAGGCAGCUUUUCUGUUGGAAUUUUGCACAAAUUAACAGUUGUCCCCUCUCCCUGUGACUCCUGGGUUGGGCUCUUCUGGUGCUUGGGGAGACCAGGGUCGGUCCCCUUGGCCGCCGGACCCCUUGGUGUGCGACCCACCUGAGUGUGUGGUUGCAGCCAGUAUUCUAGAAUGGCAACUGAUCCCACGCUCUGACCUCACCUGAGGAAAGAAGAUAGAGAUGACACCUGUGGAAUGUGACCUUGGGGACAGGAAAAGCAGGGAGGAGGCACGUGUGUGUUGAGGUAC